AUGGGAAUUAAACAGAGAAGGCAAGGACUUUUGAGAAGGCCUCAUACAAUAACAGGUGAAAAGACUAGACCUAAGUCUUUGAAGCCUAAAGAAGCGCGAAGAUUGAUAAGAAGGUUUCAUGUGUUACAAAAGAAUAGACAUUCUGUUAUCAUUAAAUUGAAUGAACUGCUAACUAUACCAGGAGAUAAGCUAAGUCCAGAUACAUAUAAGAAGCAAAUUAAAAAUCAUUCCCCCCUGUUAUUUGCUAACUAUGAAACGAAAUAUAAUUCAUAUAAGGUUCCUUCCAAAUAUGCAGACAACGACUUGAUUAGAAUUGAUGAACAGCUUACUACAGAAAUGCUAAUCACGAAGUUAGCUGAAAUUGAUUCGGAAUCAGACAAACGGGGAGGGAUUGAAGCGUACCAGUCGGCGUCCACACAAGGACAAAACAGCAAGAGAGGUGGUGAUUCUCUGAAAAAAUUGGUUGAGUGGUUAAAAGAUGGGGAUUAUUCAUACAGCACAAAACUAGACCAAGAGUUAAAUGCGCUAGAAAUCGGUUGCCUAAGCCCGAGUAAUAUAAUCUCUACUAGUGGCAUAUUUAAAGAAGUGGUAAAGAUUGAUUUAAAUUCACAAAAUCAUUUGAUUUUGGAGCAAGACUUUAUGAUGAGGCCAUUGCCUAAAACGAGCCGGGAAAAAUUCAAUUUGGUAUCAUGCUCCCUUGUGUUGAAUUUUGUACCAUCUCCAAAAGAACGAGGUGAUAUGUUGAAAAGAAUCACCCAAUUCUUGAAACCACCCAAAUCAUCAGGUUCGGUAAGCAGCCUAUUUUUAGUUCUUCCAUUACCUUGUAUUGAAAAUUCAAGAUACUUUAAUAAUGAGAUAUUAAAUAAAAUAAUGUCAAAAUUAGGGUUCCGAAAAACUUGUUACUAUGCUGCUAAAAAAGUCGCCUAUUGGUUAUUUGAUUGGGAGGGAGAAUUAAAUCGAGGUGAGAGAAUCACCAAACGAGAGGUGGCAGCAGGUGCAAAUAAAAACAAUUUUUGUAUAACGCUCGACUGA